AGUGCUGCAGCUGACCCGUGACUCGCGGAUUACCAGCCAUCAGUAGCAGAUCAGCCACGCGACAAGAAUCAUUCCGAAAUAAGCGAUCGGGAUCGUAACGCCACGAGUCUUCCCAACUUCGAACUGUACUAGUUUAGCUUGAGAUAUUCGGUGAACAUGAUCAUUUCAUAACAUAAGUCGGACACAUGUUUCUUCAUUGCUUCAUUAUUGAAGCGUAGUUAGAAGGCACUUUGAAAUUCGUGAAAGAUCAUUUAUUGCGUCGUUUUGCAAGUGAAGUUAGUUUGCUACCAAACAAUUGAAGAGAAUCAGAGUGGAUAUCAAUUUGGAUAUAUCUUUGUAUAGUGCUGGAAUAAGUGAGAAACACUGAUCUAAGUGUUAAGAAAUGAAUUUAAUUAUUAAUUUUACGUUUCGUCAAUUAAACGCUCUUCGAAAAACUGCCUGAGUGUUGACGUUAGUCAGUUCAAGCUAAACAGAUAAUCAAUUGCGAUAAAACUUACAUUCAUCACUUAAUCCGAUUAGUGUUCUGAAUAUGUUUGACCGGAAAUCUAUCACCAGAUAAACUUGUGUUCAAAGAAGCCCGUUAGUGAGUAGCCAUCACAAUCAGCGAUCAUGAUUGGAUUCGAUCAACCAACGAAAGGGUUGAGAGGGGUUCUUCAACCGGCAUUGAUCGUCAUUGCUGUAUUCGGAAUUACAGCUACUCUCGGAUAUCUGGAGGAUCGACCACCCACUUAUAUGGAAGCCAAAGUCGGCUCCUAUGUAAUAUUGAACUGCCCGGUGGAUUUUCCUAAAAACGACCCGAUACCGUAUGUUUUGCACUGGAACAAAGAUAAUAAACCCGUCUUCACGUUGUACGAUGGAAUUUUGAACUCUUAUGAAACUUAUAUUGGUCGAGUAACGUUACUGAACAAUGAUCUAAUGUACGGAAAAGCAUCGCUCAAUCUUACCUCGAUCCGCGAGAGUGACAACGGUUGGUACGAGUGUAAGGUCAUCUUUCCCAAUCGGGUUCCUAACAAGCGAAACAAUGGAACAUGGUUCCACAUAUCCGUGAUGGGAGGAACUCUACUGAAGAUUCCACCAGUGAAUCAAACGGUGCUAGAAGGUGACCCGGCAUUCUUUCACUGUUUGGCUCAAAAUCCGGAAACGAUGUUCGUAGAGUGGUACAAAGAUAACGUGUCCUUGCUUGAAAUGUACGAUCUACUGCACCGAUCCACUUUCGGUCCGGAUGGAAGUCUCACGAUCAAUCCGACGCAGAUGAGUGAUUUGGGUUAUUUCACUUGUCAAGUCAAGAAUACGAUGAAUGAUACACAAGGUGCAACAGCAUUUCUUAAUGUUCAAUAUAAGGCAAAAGUUGUCUAUGCUCCAAAAGAGGUAUAUUUACCGUUUGGAGAGCCUGCCGUAUUGGACUGUCAUUUCCGAUCGAACCCACCGUUGACGAAUCUACGGUGGGAGAAGGACGGGUUUUUGUUCGAUCCGUACAACGUGCAGGUAAGCGACGACAGUCCCUGGAACUUUUUCAGAUCGAAGAAAAAUGCAUUUCAGGGUGUAUUCUAUAAACGAAAUGGAAGUAUUUACUUUGAAAAAGUUGAUGACUCACAUGCCGGGCGCUACUCUUGCACGCCGUACAACGAUCUCGGAACGGAUGGACCUUCGCCGAUUAUCAAUGUGAUCGUGCAAAGACCACCGAACAUCAUUCUUAGGCCGAAGCUGUUGUACGUGACUAAGAUUGGAGGGACUGUCGAGAUGCAAUGCGAUGCCAGGGAUCGAGAUGGAUAUCAUACGCCACCGAUUACAUGGGUCAAGAAAGACGGAAGUUUAUUGCCUCAUGGUCGAUAUCAACUGAACGGAGGAAACUUGACUAUUGAAGAUAUUAUAGAAUCGGAUAGAGGAAUUUAUGCGUGUCAGGCAACAAACGAAGCAGCGACCGUUUCGGCCGAUGCGGAAAUUAUGAUCGAAAAUGUAUCUCCUAGGGCACCGUAUAAUCUGACUGGAAACAGUUCCGAUACGGCCAUCACUCUCCGGUGGGCACCGGGAUAUAUCCGACAAUACCUGGACUAUAUUAUUUGGUACCGAUUGGCGGAAGCCCCCGAGUGGAGAACUUUCAAAGUGAACAACAAACACAUCCUGGAAGCGACCAUAACAAACCUACAACCGGCCAAGGAAUACGAGUUCAUGGUACUGUGCCAGGAUAACUACGGUGAUGGAAUGUUCAGCAAAGCAUUCCGAUAUUUCACCAAACCAAAGGAAUUCGAGCAACCAGAAACGUUUCAGGAUACACUAUUGCAGUUUAACCAAAUUGGGUCACCGAUCAAUUUGACGAUCGAAAAGCGAAGCAAUAACUAUCAAGCACGUUGGCAGCCACCGGAAUUGGGUCUGGAUCAGCUCCGCUUCUACAUUCUACGAUGGUGGCUUGAACCACAGCACAAACUGCAUGGAAGUAUUUCAACUCCCGAGAUCAGUUACAAUCUUGACGAUCUGGAAGAAGACGAACUGUACACGUUCCAGGUUUUUGCCAUGUCCACCACAAACUAUACCAGCGGAAGCAAUGAGGUUGAGGUCUACAUUUACCCGUACCGAAGGGUAAAGGUGAUCACCAUAAGUGGAGUGUUAAUUUUGUUGCUCUGUUUGGUAGUGAUAAGCACACUUCUGUACAUGAAGCGUAAUCGAAUGAAAAAGUUGCGUGAAGCAGAGAAUGUCAAGAUUUAAGCGCAGUUAUUUUGCGAUAAAUUUGCAUUUUUUCUCGAAUCGAUUUGGUAAAUAGGAAUUUAACAAUAAACACUGCUGUUCAUAGGUUAUAGAACUCAACUGUCUGAUUGCUAUACUAAGUUGUAAUAUUUUGUUAACGAUGUAAGUGAUGCAACAUAAAGAACAAGAUACGAAUAA